AUGUUAUUGUAUAAACUUGUCUUUAUAGCAUGCUGCUAUGUUGGUGCAUUGACCAUACCAAGAAAUGACCAAAUUGUGGUAAUUGAGAAUCUGCCAGUUUCUAGAGAAGAAGGGGCAUCGGUAGCACGUACAUUAGUACAUAGAGAAUCAUUAGUUAAUGUCAAUACAAUUAAAACCAUAAGGACACAGACAAAAGAAGGACCAGGACCAAAAAAUGUACAGGUACCCGUUUCAUCAAUGGAGUACUAUGCUGAUUGUGACGGCGAUGGCGAUCCGUACUGGUUAGUAAUUGAUGUUGGUGGACCUAAUCAAAAUAUUGUAAAAGGAUCACCAUUUUCAUUCACGAUAAGAGAUGGCGAUCAUCCAGAUUGGGAUGAGGUGUCUGAGGAAUACCCUGGGAAAAGAAAAGGUUCAAAUGCAGGAUCUCCUAGAGUCCAAUUGUUUGGAAAAUUAGAGUAUAUCAAUUUUUUGAAUCCAUUUGAUCCUAAACGAGUAUUAUUGGAGAAAUGCUUUCUUGAAAGACACCCAGAUGCUGCAAUGUGGUUGCCUGGUAAUGUAGUGUCUCCGCAUAAAUCCCAUUGGGUGAAGAUAAAAGUGGAAAGCGUAUACAUGAUUGGAGGGUUCGGCGAUAUUGCAUACCUUGGUGAGUUGACUGGGGACGAGUACCAUUCAGCAAAGAUCAUUGAUCCACAGGAUGGUGAUGAUGAGAAUGUGAAUGAGAAUGAGAAUGAGAAGAAGUUGGUCUUUUAA